AUGACUGUCAAUCUGGCCGAUGACGAACUGUUCACCAGUGCCAUCUCCGGAUACCGCGAAGCAUUUUUGGUUCAACAUUCCCACCUCUCGGAACCCGAACGAAAUCAACUCUGGAUUGAACGGCUAAGCCAGUUCAUUCCCUCCUAUGACCGGAAUGACUGGACGCCCGCUGGAAGCCUAGGGAAGCGGAGUCGACAGGACGCGACGCCGCGAACGUUACCAUCCUCAGACUUGGGUCUUCCUCAGGCUAAACGGAGAGCCACCACCCCGGAGCUUCCCGCCAACCUGAUGCGCGAUUUCUCGAAUGCGUCCUCCCCCGACCUCCUUCGGCAAGACGUAUCCAGCUCGGGACACGGAUACUACCAGCACACCGCCAUGAUGCGCUCCCAGAGCCAGCAGAUCCCGGUCUCCCAUCACCACCACUAUCACCACCACCAACACCAACCAGUCGAUGCUGCCAUGGGCAAACGCCAAUCCUUUGGCCCGGUACGGUCCCAGCAUGGUCUCGACCAUGUCGACGAAUAUUCGCCCUCCGAGUACACGCGCCGUUUGGAGAACUUCCCCAGUCAACCCUAUGACUCGGCCCUGACUUUCGGACUCGCAAAUCAUGAACGGACUGGACCAUCACCAUAUCAGCAGGUCUCUGGACAGACACCGCACUGGAACGAGGUGGCUCAGACUGGCGCACCGGAGAUGUCUCGCAGCGGAACCACCGACACCUUGGUUGGCGGAAUCAACAUGUUCCGCUUCGACUCCCAUGGACCGUCUCACCAAGAACCCAUCGACUCCGUUCCGCCUGAGUGGGUGCCAGCGUCCACCACUGGCUUGCCAUAUCAAAGCCCCUUCCUCCCUGUGUAUCCUGACCUAGAUCCCGCCAUGUCUUUCCCUUACUCCCAACCCAUGCCAUUCUCCGCCUCCGCCCCCGCAACCACCUCCUUCCACUACCCAACUCCCCACUCUCACGUCCCCUAUGAAGCUGUGGAAAUGAAAGUUUCAGACUCAAUCGACAGCAACAACUCAGCAACCCUGCGCUCUCGUGCCUCGCGCCGCACCCAAGAGCAAAUCGCCCAUGGCGCCCGUCCCAUUGCGCCCAAGCGCGAAAGCGACAACAUGAUCCCCAGUCUCGACUCCAUCACCUCGCACAAGAUGGUCCGCAUCUCCUCAACAGACGGCACGGCCAAGGAAGUUGCCGCGAUCCCCAAAGCUUCCGUCCAGCGACCCCCGCGCCAGAAGACGCAUUGCCAACAUUGUAACGACCACCCAGACGGCUUUCACGGCGAACACGAGCUGCGCCGACAUAUCGAGCGCGUUCAUGCGGCCAUCCGCCGCGUGUGGGUGUGCCGCGACAUCUCACCCGACCAGAGCUUCCUGGCAAAUUGCAAGGCUUGCCGCAAAGGCAAGACCUACGGAGCCAAUUACAACGCUGCAGCCCAUCUCCGCCGCACGCACUUCAAUCCCUGUGAGCGCGGUCGUGGAGGCCGCGGGAAGAACAGUGAGAAGCGAGGCGGGAAAGGUGGCGGCAGCGCGCCAUCGAUGGACGUUUUGAAACACUGGAUGGUGUCUAAAGAAGAGAUAGUGGAUGACACUGCGACAGGAUCCAAGAUUCCAGUCAAGUCUGUCAGCAGUGCUCCGACUAUCGAUUCUGGGGUUGCCAUUAUCCCGUCUAUUGCGUGCGCGAUGCCAAAUCAUGGUUCGUACGUGGUCGAGUCGGCGCUGAUCCACGAGUAUGAUCAGUUCCCCGACUUUCCGGAUGCGCCGUUCGAGCUGGACUUCGAGAUCGGGGUUGACGUUGAGGCUGAUCCUGCGGUGACUUCGCCGUUUUCGAUGAGUUCGCCGUCGUCGUGUAAUCCCGAUAUCGAUUCGUAUGCCAUAUGA